CUGAAAAAGGCAAAGUUGAAGUCGAACGAGUCACCAUCCUCUCCAUAUAUUCAAUUGUCUUCAACAGAUAUUAAGGACGAUAAUAUAAAUAGUAGUUGUAAGACUCAAAAUGAGAUAGAGUUAGACCUUCAAGAGACCAACCCUCCGAGUGUAAGCACAAAUGAUGAAAGAGAUUUUUCUGAGACUUGUAAAGAGGUUAAUGAAGAUGAGAUGGAGUUAGACCUUCAAGAGCCAUCUGUUGUCCACAUUAUUGAGGAUAACUUAGAAGAUCUAGACCGGGAAGCGGUUAUACAUAAGGUUGAAGCAUAUCCAACAGCUGUACGCCGAAAUAAAGAGAGAGAUCCAAAUGACCGUGCACGAAUUGGAUUUAAAGUUGAUGCAGCGAUCGAAUACCAGAAUAUUAGUUGGACCCCAGUUCUUGGCUGUUUAGAGGUUUCUGGUGGUCUUCCACGGUGUUCACGGUCUAAAGAAUGGGAUACUACCCUUAAACUAGGAUUAGAACUCCGGGACCUAUGGGCGAUAGCUGAAGGUCAAUUGAAGG